GACGACCAUCUCUUCUAUCUAUGCUGGCGCCGCCAGUCAUGUGACUACUGCCUACAGGGCGAUCUCCCCUGUGGCUGGUGCGCUAUUUCCUCAGCCUGCGUGCCCAAUCCCGCCAGGGUGCCGAUUCUGGCCCCCUUCGGGUCUUCCGAAAUCUGUCCGCUGGGGGCCAAGGAGCGGUGGGAGCUGAGGGCGCUGCCGUUCGGGUGUCAUGUUAGCACCAUUACGUUCCUCACGGGUGUCGGGGGGGUGCUAGGGACGUUGGCGGCGUUUGGGCUGGUGGUGUUUCUGGCGUGGGCGGGGAAGAGGGUGGUUGGGUGGUUGGGGGAGAGGAAGGCUUGUGGUUUUGGGAGUGGUGAGGCUGGUGGUGAGGAUCAGGGUGCUGAUUGGGGUAGUGGUGGUGGUUUGGGGGGUUUGAGGCGGCGG